CGCAGGCCGUCUUCCGGUCGGGGCGGGCUCUCGCUGUGGCGGGAAAACGGCGGCCGCGGCACCACCUCCGGGACGUAGAGGGGCCAGAAAAGCCCGUGAGGCCCUGGCUGGCUACUCGCGGUGCCAUGGACGCGGCCGAGGUGGAGUUCCUGGCCGAGAAGGAGCUGGUUACCAUCAUCCCCAACUUCAGCCUGGACAAGAUCUACCUCAUCGGGGGGGAUCUGGGGCCUUUUAACCCAGGUUUACCAGUGGAAGUGCCCUUGUGGCUGGCAAUUAACCUGAAACAAAGACAGAAAUGUCGGCUGCUCCCUCCGGAGUGGAUGGACGUGGAAAAGUUGGAGAAGAUAAGGGAUCAUGAACGAAAGGAGGAAACUUUCACCCCAAUGCCCAGCCCUUACUACAUGGAACUUACCAAGCUGCUACUAAAUCAUGCUUCAGAUAACAUCCCGAAGGCAGAUGAAAUCCGGACCCUCGUCAAGGACAUGUGGGACACUCGUAUAGCCAAACUCCGAGUGUCUGCCGACAGCUUUGUGAGACAGCAGGAAGCACAUGCCAAGCUGGAUAACUUGACCUUGAUGGAGAUCAACACCAGCGGGACUUUCCUCACACAAGCGCUGAACCACAUGUACAAACUACGCACAAACCUCCAGCCUUCGGAGAGCACCCAGUCUCAGGACUUCUAGAGAAAGGCCUGGUGCAGGCGGCUCGCUGGGCAUUGGAGCAAGUUUCACUCCUGGGGAGGAAUGAGACUGACCCCAUCGCUGCCGCAGAAGCAGACUUGGCUUGAGGCAUAGUAACAUGGCAACACAAGAACGAACAGAACCGGUGUGACCCGCUCAUGUGCACGGGGGCUGGAAAUCAAAGUUUUAGUGUUGGUAAUGGAGCCUUCAUAUUCAGACUAAAAAACAAUGUGGGAGAGGAAGAACUAAAACCACCUGUAAAGGAACUAUGGCAUCCUACAUUGGUUGCUCGCUGAAUGACAAAGGUAUUCAGUUGCAUUGAAGUCAAGGUGAGUUCAUUCUUUUUUUUUCUGGAGCCUGGAAUCCUUUGCUUCAUGCAUGGCACAUUCUCAUUUUUUAAGCUUCAAACCUCCCAGUGAAAAAUAUUAAAUAUUCAAGGUAAUAAAAUAGAUAAUAUUUCUAUACUAUAGGUUCGGCCUAGUGCAAGGGAAACCGUCACCUGGGGUAUCCCUUCAGGUAGCCCCUAGGCCAGUGCAUUGCAGGCAAGGCAAGGCACUUUCGUAAGUGGUCCAGUUCUGCCUGGAGCCGCUCGCGUUCUGAGACCAUCUUCUGUUUCUGGCUCCUCAACUCCUGGAGAGAGGGAAAUCUGUGUCAAAACCAACCCCUUUUUUCUGUAACAACAAGCAGGUGGUGGAAGGAAAGGCAAUCCCGGUUAGAAAAUGUCUUGGCUGGGCAUGGUGGCUCCUGCCCUGAGGCGGGUGGAUCACCUGGAGUGAGGAGAUGGGGACACCAGCUUGGGCAACAGAGCAACACUUACAAACUCCCCCGCUCAGCCUAUGUUCUCUGCUGAGCUCUUCUAGGGUCCUAGAGAAUUGGUAUCUGCUGCGGUCUUGGCUCAAACUUGGGAGUCCUUGGAACCCCCAGAUGUAAAACCUUUGGAGGGAUGGGGGACCUCUUUGCCCAACAAGGACCUCUGCUGGACCACUCCUGCUAGUGCGGCUGGGAGCUAAUGGGUGCUGAGGUGGUUUCAGGUGAUUCAGCUUUCCUUCUCUAAGACAGUUCCCUGCUGCCCUCCCCUAAAGUGCAAAUCACAAUAGGGGAGACUGGUACAGGCAAUAAUUCAUUCUGGAAACAGCAUCCCUACCCUUCCAAGAUCAAGAUGCUGUAAGUUAAAGGUAUUUCCCUACUUAUAGCUAAAUCCUAGAUAGUCAACUGCUGCCUGAAUUUUCCCUUUAAAAAAAAAAAAAAAUGGAAACAGUGCCGUUGCUCUGGUACCCGGGCUGGAGUGCAGUGGCAACUCCUGUGAUCCUCCUGCCUCAGCCUCCCCAAGUGCUGGACUUACAGGAGUGAGCCAUUGCACACAGUCCAAAUUUUGCUCUCUUAAGAGCACAUUACCUCUCUACACCACCUUCAUGGGUGCUUUUGAACCCAAACUCAAAAGGCUGUGUGUUUUAAGAUUUCUGUGCCUUCCCAACUCACCGCCACACUGUGGGAGAGUUGCUCUGCUGUCAGGCUGAGACUGUAGUGCCGGGCUUCCAGUCGUCUGCACUGCGUCUGCAACACCUGCCGCUCCAGAUUUUGCUCUGAAAACACGAGAGAUGGUGAUGUGUCGUCUGCGUGCAGGGGCCCUAAGGCCUGGUGAGUGCUCUCCUCUUCCCACACUGCGCUGCAGUUCCCAAAGCCCCGGCUAUCAGCCACAGUGGCCCCAGGCCUAAUACAUAAACAUCACUAAAUCAGAUCCAACCUACGGGAAUAAGGACAAAGGAGCCAGGACCUACAGGCAAUUUGAUACAGAUUAGGAAGACAUUUUACGGCCUUAAAAUGCAUCUUUAAAAAAAAGCAGGCUUUCAGUUUAUUAUGGCCUUUUCCCAACAGUCUAAACUUGGAGCAGAAACUGUUUUACUAAAUAAAUCUGUGUUCUAUCAGAAGAUACCAGGCCUAAUUUUCGUAGAGUGACUCCCAACCUUUAAGUCCCUAUUUUAUGCAGAGUGUUUCAGAGACUAACUGCGAAGGUGACAACAGUCUGGACAACACAACAAUAAAAGUAAAGACUGCAAAUACAAAUCCACCAAGGACAGAGCAACAGCCAGAAACCUGCGCACGGGCACCUUUACAGUUUCACAAAUGGGGGCCCAUCCGUGCCUGUCUUCGGCAGCACCAGCGUGACAAGACAAAUUCAAAAGGGAAGAACCAGAACUUGUAUUUGCAGAAGGUUUGAUAAACUGUGAUUCCUGUGAUCUAAGGAAUAACCAUAGAGGAAAAAAUCCUAAAGCUUUCUAAGCUACAGUGGUUUUUGGAAACAGUCCCCAAAACCUAUGUGAUAGCUGAAACGGAGUCUAGUCCCAAAUGAUCACAAUGACUUCAUAGUUUGGUACCAUAUCCCCAGACAAGGAUGCCAAGAUGCCACAAGUCCAUAACUUCAGUGCGACUGAAAAUCCUAACCGGACUCAGGGGGGAACAGAAGGCAAUCCUAAAAUCUCUGGGGGAAAGCCAUGGCCCAAGACCUGAGGAACAGCAGCUUAGGAAAUGUGUUCAGGGCAGGUCAUGCCCCACCCGGAAGGUGUAGAACUCCUUGUCUGGGUGGGAAAGAUGCAGUUAAAAUUUCUACCGUCCUCUGUACACAUGAAUCUUACGCAGAACAGCCUUGGUGUGUGGAAAGAAUUCUCAACACCACACCAAGAAACCCAAACCACCAGAAAAGAUGGAAAGAUUUCAUCCCAGGAGAGUUAAAAAUCACUCUGCAUCUUGCUUCUGGAUCGUUAUAAAGAACAGCAAUGUGCGGCCGGGCGCUGUGGCUCCUGCCUCUAAUUCUGAGCAUUUUGGGAUGGCCAGAUCACAAGGUCAGGAGUUUGAGACCAGCCUGGCCAACAUCCUGAAACUCUCUACUAAAAACACAAAAAUUAGCUGGGCAUGGUGACUCAUGAGUAAUCCCAGCUACUCAGGAGGCUCGCUUGACCUGGGCAGCAGAAGUUGCAGUGAGCCAAGAUCACGCCACUGUACUGCAGCCUUGGCUACAGAGCAAGACUCCAUCUCAAAAAAAAAAAAAAAAAGAAAAUUAGAAACCUGUAGGGAAGUAGUAGGUAAUAAACUGGAAAGAUUCCACGGGAGGAGGAAAGGAAGCCAAAUACAGGAUUUGCCCUGGUUGUGGCUACAUGGGCAUUUGUUUUUAGUUUGGAGAACACUUUUCCAAAGAAAACUACUUUUCAAAGUAUGUGAAAAGGUUGACAUUCACAAUUAAGUCCUAUUUACAACAUUGUAACACGUGAUGAUAAAAAGUCAUCUAGGAUAUGCUGAUAAACCACUUGUAGGCGGCUGCCGAGUAUGCCUCCUGCCUGGCUAAGGAUUACUCGGGGGCCAGUGGGGACCAGUAACGUUUUCAGCUACCUUUAGCCAGGUGUUAUGCCAGGGGAGACAGGCUCCUGGCAAAGGCUUAGUCGAAAGCCCACUGCCUCUCAAAAUA